UUAACUGAACAUGGCACAACAUGAUACCAUAAUAUUCGGCAGAAACCCUUGCCUCAAGUCAGGUGAUGGAGAAUAGUCAGAAGAAUAGAGUCUCAAGAGGAGGCAAAAGUGUCAGAUGCACCCACACCACCACUCUCAGAAGUCUCCCACAAAACACCAAACUAAGAACCGUAACAUAUGUGCAGAGGACCUAGUCCAGACCCAUGAAGGCUCUGUGAUAGCCUCUUCAAUCACACACCGUAUGUUCUAAUUUACAGUUCUUCCUUCAUGAUGUCCCCUGUCUCAUAGAACUGGAAGGAUACCAAAAGGCUGUGAUUGGUGUCUCUGUGGCCUUCUUCCUCCUGCUCUUCCUCCUCAUCCUCUUCCUUAUCCUCAGACUCAGGCAUCAGAAGAAUUACAGGAAGGGGGUCCAGACAAAGACUGUCUUGCAACAUCCUGCAGACUCAUCGAACAAGGGCAAAAGCUUCCAGAUGAGAUCCACACCAGCUCCUGCCAUCCAGGAAGAAAUCUUGUAUGCUACUGUGAAGGUCACACAGCCUGCAGAUAGCAUGGAGCUGGAUGUCCUGAGCCAACAUGAGGAAGACCCCUCUAAAGAUUUGUAUGCCCAGGUGAAGCCCUCGAGACUCAGAAGGACAGAGAUCACCUAUUCUUCUCUCAAUCCAAAGGAAUUAUUGGCCUCCAAUGACACACCGUCAAAAGGAAAUCAAGUCAUAGAUGAGCAGGCUGCUACAACAGAGGAGCCACAUGAUGUGACCUAUGCCCAGCUGUGCAUUGUGACCCCAAGACAAGGACAUGUGAACCUCCCACCUUCCAGGCAGAAAAGUCCAACCUGAGAUCAUACUCUGGCCUCUACCAAUCCUGGGAGAUCACACUCUGCGUCAUCCAGAAUGAAUCUCAGGUGAACUGCUGCUCAAAGCCUAAAAGCUUAACCAGCCAAAUGCUUCCAGUUUCUGGUCCUCACGCCUUAUAUAUCUUUCUGCUUUCUGCCAUCACUCUCUGGGAUUAAAGGCUCACUUUCUGGGAUAAAGUCACCAUGCCUGGCUAUUUCCAAUGCGGCCUUGAACUCACAGAGAUCCAGAGGGAUUUCUGUCUCUGGAAUGCUAGGAUUAAAGGUGUGUGCUACCAUUGCCUAUCCUCUAUGUUUAAUAUUGUGGCUGUUCUCUUCUCUGACCCCAGAUAAGUUUACUAGUGUGCACAAUAUUUUGGGGAACAAAAUAUAACCACCAAUCUCUAGGAAAUUCUGAGAAAUUUGGAGAUGUGAUUUGGUUGUUCCUUUGUUUUAUAAGUAAGGCAAAUGCUUUGUCAGUGAUCAAUGCUUAAAAUGAGGAAGAAAAAAGGAAUGAAGAAAGUUUCAUUUUUUGUGUUUUUCUUUAAUUUAUAUUUUUGAGAUUCUACUUUAGUUACAGCAUUUUUCUCUUCCACUUCUUCCCUCCAGACAUUUACAUAGAUCCUUCUCUACCCUCCUUCAAAUUCAGGACCUCUUUUUUCAUUGUAAACACAUGUGCAUAUGAAGAUGUAUAUAAAAAGUUUAAACACUUUUACCCUGAAUAUAUACCUUUUGUCAAUGAUAUCUCAAUAAAGCCAAAAUUGAAUGAUGAA